AUCUAUCUCCUGCCGAGUUCAGGGUCUAAAGUCAAAGUUUAGACUUCACAGUGUGUUUGUCAUCCCUUCCGCCUGCUCAAUUGCCAAGUUGAUCCUCAUUCAAGAUUUCCAAGCCGUAUCCGUUCUUAUUAGGGCGACUCCCAAGGACACACACUGCUGCGACCCCUGCCCAGUCACCAACUGACCCUCCCAUGAAGCUGGGAACCAGUGAACCAAUGAACUGGUGACCAAAAGCAAUGGAGCCUCCCCCCAAGAGGAGACGUCUCAGUGUCGAGCCUGUCGAGUCAGAUCCCACAGGCACACCCGACCCAUCGACUCCUCGCUCGCUCAGCCAUCCUGUCAGUCCUCCGAGGAAGCGAAGAAGUCGUCAGACAGCUGCCCAGGGUCAGGACAACGAGGAUGAGGAACAUACCCAAACCACGCCUGCACCUCCUGCACCUUCUGCACCAACUGAAGCCCCUUCAGCUCAUGAAACAAACCACGCCUUCAAGUCGCCUUUCCAGCUCACCUGGAUUCGAGAUCUCCCUGCCGCUGCCAAUACUGAUGCCGUCACCCUCCGAGACAUCCUCGGUGACCCCUUGAUUGCGCAAUGCUGGCAGUUCAACUACCUACACGAUAUUGACUUCCUCCUCUCGCAUUUCGAUGAGGACACAAAACAUCUGGUUCAAGUUCAUGUAGUCCAUGGCUUCUGGAAGAAAGAGGACACGGGCCGUCUGAUGCUCCAGGAGCAGGCCCAUAGGCACAAGAAUGUGACACUCCACUGCGCCUUUAUGCCUGAGAUGUUCGGCACCCAUCACUCCAAAAUGAUGAUUCUCAUUCGCCAUGAUGAUACAGCCCAGGUCGUCAUCCACACGGCCAACAUGAUUGCGAGAGACUGGACAAAUAUGACCCAGGCGGUCUGGCGAAGCCCUCUUCUUCCUCUACAGAAGGCAACUCCUGGUCAUAGCACACCAGACAACUCGGUCGCAUUUGGUAGUGGUGAGAAAUUCAAGAUUGACCUACUGAAUUACCUUAGAGCAUACGACCACCAAAGGAGGACAGCCUGCACGACAUUGGUGGAAAAGCUGGAGAAGUUUGAUUUUUCUGCCAUCAGGGCUGUUUUGAUCGCAUCAGUCCCUGGCCGCCACCUUAUUCACGACGAUUCUGAGACGAGAUGGGGCUGGGCAGGCCUUCGGCAGGCGCUGAAAAACGUGCCGGUGCAAGACGGUGAGUCUGACAUUGUGGUUCAGAUCUCGAGCAUUGCCACCUUAGGGCCGACAGACACCUGGCUCCGCCGCAGCCUGUUCGACUCUCUCAAGGCCUCGAGGAACACCACUCAGACGCAGCCCAAUUUCAAGAUCGUGUUUCCUACCCCUGACGAGAUCCGGCGCAGCCUGGACGGCUACGAGAGCGGAGGCUCUAUACAUACGAAGAUCCAGUCUGCGCAGCAAGCCAAGCAGCUCCUGUAUCUGAAACCCAUGUUCUGUCACUGGGCGAACGACGCGCCACGAGGACGUCAACUCAAACCUGACUCCUCAUGUAAAGAGGCAGGCCGCAAGCGAGCCGCGCCGCAUAUCAAAACUUACAUCCGGUACGGUGAGAAAUCGAUCGACUGGGCGCUCACCACUUCGGCGAAUCUAUCCAAGCAAGCAUGGGGAGAAGCAGCCAACUCGUCGGGGGAGGUGCGGAUCGCCUCGUACGAGAUUGGCGUUCUGGUCUGGCCGGCGCUCUUUUCCAAAAAAGCGAAGAUGGUCGGCACGUUUCAGACAGACAGGCCAGAGGAGAGCACGGAGACGCCCAUCGUUGGCCUUCGCAUCCCGUACAACCAUCCUCUCCAGGCGUAUGGCGCGGAUGAGAAGCCGUGGGUCGCCACGGCAAGCUACCAGGAACCCGACUGGAAAGGUCGGGUGUGGUCGGUGUAGCGGCCGCAGUCCUGCCCGGCUCAAUCGACUCACAUGAUCUGGACACACGUAGACUUGUUACAAGAUUAGUCCGUCCA